AGAUUAGGCACUCGCACUUCUGUUUUUUUUUACAGAAGUCGUAAUGUAUGAUUAUACUUUGGCUUAAUUCUCUUGGCUUCGUAAUAUAUUGUCGCCAGUGUAAGAUAAGCAUUCAUAUCUACACAAUAAACACUUCAAUUUUUUUGCAAAAUAUACCUUAGAAGAUUUUUAUUAAUAACUGAUCAUUCAUUUUUUUUUUAAUUUAACAUAAAGUACAUAUCUUUGCUAUUUAACUAUUUUAAUUAUUUUGCUUUAUUAGAAAAAAAUAAUAAUAACUAUGUAUUCUUCGUAUGAAAUUUUUCUCGUUGUCGGAUUAAUCGUGUCUGGGUCUAUAAAUACAAUAAGUGUCAAAUGGGCAGAUACCAUGGAGGCUCCUGGAAGAGAUGGAACUAUUCGGAAAUUUCAUCACCCUUUUGUUCAGUCAUUAAGCAUGUUUCUUGGAGAAUUUUUAUGUCUGAUAUUUUUUAAACUGGCUUUAUUAUAUUAUGUAAAAAAGAAGCGUUCCACCGAAGAUAGAACAAUCAUUACAGGAAAUCAAAAUUUCAACCCAUUUAUUCUCUUUUUCCCAGCUAUGUGUGAUAUGAUUUCUACAACAGUUAUGUACAUUGGUCUUAACUUCACAUAUGCAUCUAGUUUUCAAAUGUUAAGAGGAGGUGUUAUCAUAUUUACUGCAUUACUUUCCAAAGUAUAUCUGAAACGAAAUUUAACUAUUCGACAUUGGCUAGGCAUAUUUAUAAUUAUUAUUGGACUAGCUACAGUUGGUACAUCGGAUUUAUUACUAUCACAGCAAAAAUCGGAAAGUAAUAGUUCAUACACCACUGAAGCAAUAAUAACUGGCGAUGUAUUGAUAUUUGUUGCUCAAAUAAUAACUGCAGCUCAAAUGGUAUACGAAGAAAAAUAUGUUGUUUCUCAUGAUAUUCCAUCAUUGCAAGUUGUCGGCUGGGAAGGUGUAUUUGGAUUUGUCAUAAUGAGUAUACUUUUAGUACCUUUUUACUAUAUUAAUGUUGGACCACCUUUAGCAAGUAAUUCUAGUGGGUCUCUUGAAGAUUUUCCAGACGCUAUAGUGCAAAUUAUGAGUAACGGAUUCUUAUUUAUUGCAUUGAUUGGUAAUAUACUAAGUAUUGCUUAUUUUAACUUUGUGGGAAUAAGCGUUACCAAAGAAAUUUCAGCUACGACAAGAAUGGUAUUAGACUCUGUUCGUACAUUUUUCAUUUGGACAUUUUCAUUGGUUGUAGGAUGGCAAGCAUUUCACUUUCUCCAACCUGUUGGAUUCAUAAUACUAUUUGUCGGAAUGUGUACCUACAACAACUUCCUUAUAUGAAAAUUAAAAAACAAUGUUUAAUAACUUGAAAUAUUCAACUACACUAAAGUUAUAUAAAAUAUGUAUAGUAUCAAGUUUCUCUAUGCUAUUCUUUUUUUUGACAAAUCAUGGUGAAAUAUUUGUGUCAAUUAAUUUAUGUACCAUGAAUUUUAAUAAUAUUUAAUUUGAAAUUAUAUUUAUUAAAAAAACUACUAAUUCUGUAAUUAGUUAGUUUGUAACCUGUAAUUGCAAUAAUAGUUAGACAAAUUUAAUAAAAACUAGUAUGUAUUUUUACUGUAAAAAAUAA